AUGGAUAGCAAGAAACUCUUCGACGCUGCACGUGCUGGAAACGUUGAGGUUCUUGUAAAAUUUCUUGACGAAAACCCAUCAAUUCUUGAUGAUUUAAGACUAAUAUCCCCCUCAGAAUCUCUUCUACAUGUUGCAACCAAAGCCAGGCGGCUUAAUUUUGUGCAUGAAGUUCUGAAACUCGAUCCUGAAAUUGCUGGAGAGUUGAACAACGAUGGUUUUAGGCCUCUGGACAUUGCUGUAAUCAUGGGGGCCUUGUCUAUAGUGAAGGAACUUUUGAGGGCUAAUGGCGAAUUAUGUCGCCUCCAAGGCAAAUACCGAAGAACGGCUCUUCAUUAUGCGUCAAUGAAGGGGAGAGUUGAUAUCAUCGACGAAUUGCUGUCCACGUGUCCAGAUUCUAUUCAAGAUAUCACAUAUCAUAGGGAGACUUCCCUUCACCUUUCUGUGAAGAAUUACCAGUUUGAUGCGUUCAGAAUUUUGAUCAAGUGGCUGGAGAGGCUCGGCAUGCAACCAGUUGUAAAUUUGGCAGAUUGUGAUGAGAACACUGUACUGCACAUUGCAGUUCUUACAAAACAACAUGCGACCAUAGAUCUACUCCUUAACAAAGGCAGCAUUAGAGAAACAAUAAAAGUGAAUGCGACAAAUGACAUGGGUUUGACAGCACUGGAUAUUUUGGACAAUGUUAUUGAAGAUUCCCAUGAUGUCCGGAUUAGAGAAAUUCUACAAGCAGCCGGGGCAAUUAAGGGACGAGAUGCUUUCACUAUCACAACAGAAAAAUCACCAGAAACGAGAUCAAUCAGGAAGCAGCUGGAUCCUCCAUCUGAACCUUCAAAGAAUUGGUUCAAAUAUUUCAAAUUUCAAAUUCAAAGAGAUUCACCUAGCGAUACGCGUAAUGCGUUAUUAGUUGUGGCUGCACUGAUUGCCACAGUUUCCUUUCAAGCCGGCGUGAAUCCUCCGGCAGGCAUUUUUGAUAACAAUGCUCCUCCAAAUCAAACUGGUGAUUUGAGACCUAAGAUUGGACCAGCGGAGGCAUCUGGAUUAGCUGCAGCUGCAGCAAUUUUCGGGUCUCAUGCUACUGCAUUUAUGUUCAUGUUCACCAACUCUUUAGGUCUCACUGCUUCACUGUGCAUCAUAAUUUAUCUCACAGGAGGAUUUCCAUUUCAAAGGGAACUUCACAUAUCCCUAUAUUCGAUGAUGUUCACUUAUGGUUUUGCAAUCAGUUCUACACUCAGAGGAACAAAAGCGAAAAACAAAGCAAUAGCUUAUCUUCUUUUAACACUUGCCUUCACUUUGCCGUUUGCACUGCGCUGGCUGCCCAGGUGGGGGAAAAAAGCUUGGAAGAAUUGGAGACGACAGAGGGACAUCAAAUCUUAA